CGGCAAUGGAUCCUUCGCGACAAGCCUCCAACCUAUGGUGCCCCAGCGCGGGUUGUUAUCAGACGCAGGAUCAUUCAGAUUGGCUGCUCGGACGUCGUGUUAGGUUUCCCCCGCGAUAAGAGUCGUGAUAACAACAUCCCAGUCUUGCAGCUCUUCUAAUCGAUGGCCUCUCUCGUUCGUUGGUUGAUUUUACGAGGAUGUGGCUACUUACCUAUUUGGUAGCGCAGAGCCACCGAUUUGUUGGGCUUAUCGGAGGAUGAAUUGAGUGGAUUAUCAGCACAGUUUCUUUUUCUCCCAUUCGGCGUAAAAGAUGGAUGAUAGAUACUUGUUAUACUCCCGAUGGGUUGGAGGAGAAGGUCUGGAACCCCGCGCCGUUGUACUCAUUGGAACUAGUAUAAGUUGAGUGUCUGGUGCUUGUGCAUCCUUCUGCUGUCAUUUACGUUUCUUCUUUCAUCGCCCUGUUUGUUAUCUGCUGUUCCUUCUCUGUUUUUCAAGAUGGUGGAAAAACUCAAGGAUGUUGCUCGUGAAGCCGAUGAAGAUGCCCCCGUCGAGCAGGGGGAUUCGCAGCUUUUGGCUACGCUGGGGUAUAAGCAGGAAUUGCGUCGUCAUUAUUCCACUGUCCAGGUCUUCGCUAUCGCCUUUAGUAUUAUGGGAUUGUUGCCUUCGAUUGCCUCGACACUUUCGUAUUCGAUUCCUGCUGGUCCGGCGGGCAUGGUUUGGAUUCUGAUGAUUCGUGCAGGAUGGUUCUCUGCCAGUGUGUUUAUCUUCAUCGUGGCUUUGGCAAUGGCCGACCUAGCAUCCGCCAUGCCGACAGCCGGUGGUCUCUACUUCUGGACUCACUACUUCAGCGGCGAGAAGUGGAAGAACCCUCUCAGCUUCGUCGUAGGGUACAGCAAUAGUCUCGGACUCAUUGGCGGCGUCUGCUCCAUCGAUUACGGCUUCGCUACAAUGCUCCUCUCCGUCGUAUCAAUCGCGCGUGACGGAAACUGGACGGCCUCUCGACCCGUUCUAUACGGCACCUACGUCGCCUGCGUGGUCGUCCAUGGCCUCAUCGCCAUCUUCUGCGCGCGCAUCAUGCCCAAAAUCCAGUCCGCCUGUAUCGUGAGCAACGUCGGCCUCGUCCUCGCUACAGUCCUCGCUCUGCCCAUUGGUAAAGCCGUCCGCGGAGGACAGAUCAACUCGGGAACAUAUGUCUUCGGACACUCUGAGAACCUCACAACCUGGCCCCAGGGCUGGACUUUCAUGCUCUCGUGGAUGUCGCCCAUCUGGACCAUCGGCGCAUUCGACUCCUGCGUCCACAUGAGCGAGGAGGCUAGCCAUGCGGCGCGUGCUGUACCCUUGGGUAUCAUCUGGUCUGCGGGACUCUGCGGUCUGUUAGGGUUUGUAUCUCUCGCGCUCAUCGCCGCCGUGAUCAACCCGGAUCUUAAUGCCGUGCUGAACUCGAGUUUCGGACAGCCAAUGGCGCAGAUCUACUACGAUGCCCUCGGCAAAAGCGGUGCCCUGGGCUUCAUGGUCGUCGUAGCAAUCGUCCAAUUCUUCAUGGGCCUAAGCUUGGUCGUUGCCGCCUCCCGCCAAAGCUGGGCCUUCUCUCGCGACGGCGCCCUCCCCUUCUCCUCCUUCUUCCGCCACGUUAGCAAACGCGUCCGCUACCAACCCGUCCGAAUGGUCUGCUUCGUCGUCCUCAUCUCCAUCAUCCUAGGUCUCCUUUGUCUCAUCGAUGAAGCCGCCUCUAGCGCCCUCUUCUCCCUCGCCGUCGCGGGCAAUGAUCUCGCUUGGAUGGUCCCCAUCCUUAGUCGUCUCGUCUGGGGUAAGGAGCGCUUCCAUCCGGGGGAGUUUUAUACUGGGUGGUUUAGUAAGCCGAUUGCUAUUACUGCGGUGGUGUAUUUGGCGUAUGUUAUUGUGCUGAGUAUGUUUCCUACGGGGGGACCAAAUCCAUCACCGCAGGAUAUGAACUAUACGAUUGUGAUUAAUGGGAGUUUGUGGCUGGGGGCGAUGGUUUAUUAUGUCGUUUAUGCGAGGAAGGUGUAUAGGGGGCCGCAGAUGACGGUGGGUGGGAGUGGGGGUGUGAGUGGGGAGUCGAGUGGGGAUGAGAUGAAGUGA